AUAUAUACAUUCAAACACAUCUAUUUUUCUCCCCUUUCUCUUUCUCUCUCUAGACAUAUAGAUACACAUAGUUUGUGUUUGAUUUGAGGUGUUGAGAAAAUCUUUGUUGGGAGUGAAUAUGGGGAGGAAGUGCUCACAUUGUGGAAACAUAGGGCAUAAUUCGAGGACCUGCACUUCUUUGAGAGGCACUAAUUUCGUUGGACUUCGCCUCUUCGGCGUGCAACUUGACACUAUCAAGAAAAGCUUUAGCAUGGACUCCUUACCCUCUUCAUUUUCUCCAUCAAGAAUAUCCAUUGAUGAUUCAUCCUCUUUUGGGUAUCUAUCAGAUGGUCUCAUAGGUCGAGCCCAAGAGAGAAAGAAAGGAGUUCCAUGGACAGAAGACGAGCACAGAAUAUUCCUUAUUGGACUUGAGAAGCUGGGAAAAGGAGACUGGAGGGGUAUCUCAAGAAACUUUGUGACCACAAGAACCCCAACACAAGUAGCAAGCCAUGCUCAAAAGUACUUUCUUCGACUUGCAACUAUAAAUAAGAAGAAGCGACGUUCAAGUCUCUUUGACUUGGUUGGUAGCAACAAUCCCAACGUAGCAGGUCAUAAUCCAAUUAUUAACUGUUGUAAUUCAGUUUCGGGUCAAGAGAAUAAGCCUAAAUAUGAAGUUAAGAAUGAUGCCACUUUGUCGUUGCUAGGGCACAUAACCUACUUUCAACAAGAAACCAAAUCAGAUCAUAAGCAAGACACUUUGGAUAAUUACUCUCAUCACUAUCAUCAAGUUCAACAAGCUGCAGAACAUCAAGGAGUUCCUAAUCUGGAGCUCACUCUUGCAGCCCCCAAGGCAAAGGCCCUGCAGGAACAAAAUAAAUCAUCCCCUGCUGGUCCAUUUCUGCUUGGGCCAAUUAGCGUGACUUAAACUGCAAAGUAUUAUUUAUAUAUACAUAUUAAUUGUCUUAGGAAUGUACCCUUUUUUCUGUUGUCAAGUGUCAACUCAUGUAGAAGAUCAUCUGAUCAAAGAAACCGUUUUUCUUUGCAUUAGUUGUAGUCGUUAAUUAGUCCCUAGUCAAUGCAAUAAUCAGAUCCCUUAUUCCUUUGAAGAUGUAUAAUACACAUAAACUAGGCUGUUGACUAAUGACUACACAUACAUAUAUAAUCUGGAUUGC